CAGUCUCAUUCGCUCGUUGUUUGCAUCUGAACUAACACAGACCACGAUGAACUCGCUGGUGGUGUUGCUUUCCGUGGUGGCGUUGGCCGCAGCCUCGCCGAGUGGCCUUCUGUUGGCUCCAUCAGCCAUCGUUGCUCCUGCAGCUGUAUCGCACCAGUCACGCAUUGACAUCCAAUCAUCUCCAGCUGUAGUGAGCACCUACGCGUCGGCACCCAUCGCCACCGCUGCCAUCGCGACUCCGGCGUUCUACGCGGCUCCUGCCGCUAUCGCCGCUCCCGCCCUGGUUGGUGCCCACCUCAUCCACAAGCGGUCGGCUCCUCUCAUCGCGGCCCCAGCUUUGACCAGCUACGUGGCAUCUCCCGCGAUCACGACCUACGCGUCUGCUCCGAUCGCCACCGCCGCCAUUGCUGCUCCUGGAUUGGCUUUGGCCGCACCCACUGUCAUCAAGUCCGCCAUCGCCGCCCCAGUUGCCUACGCCGCGCCCGCAGCCAUCGCCGCUCCUGCCGCUGUGUCGCACCAGUCCCGCAUUGAUAUCAAAUCCUCCCCAGCUGUAGUGAGCACUUACGCGUCUGCACCCAUCGCGGCUGCUGCCAUCGCUGCUCCAGCCGUCUACCCUGCUCCUGCUGCCAUCGCCGCACCUGUUGCGAUCGCCGCUCCUUCUGUGCCCCUCGACACACCUGAGGUCAUCGCCGCCCGUGCUGCUCACUUUCAGGCUAAGGCUCUGGCUGGUGCUCACCUCAUCCACAAGCGGUCAGCUCCUCUCAUCGCUGCUCCAGCUUUGACCACCUACGUGUCGUCUCCCGCGAUCACCACCUACUCGGCUGCCCCCGUCGUGCACUCGGCUCCCCUUGUCCAAACCUACUCAUCCCCCAUCCUGAAGGCUAACAGCGUGCACCCAUGGUCGCUGUCCAAGCAUCAGUCGAUCUUCGUUCAUCGAUCAGACAACUCAACACAGACCACAAUGUACAAGCUGGUGGUGUUGUUCUCCGUUGUUGCUUUGGCGGCGGCCAAGCCCGGUUUGGUGGCGCCUUUGGCGUACAGCGCCCCUGUGGCCUACAGCGCGGCUGUUCCCGCCACGAGCUCCGUAUCCCAGUACAGCUCGAGCGUGGUCCACGGAUCCCCAGUUGUGCCCGCAGUGUACAGCGCCCCCGCCGUCUACAGCGCUCCCGCCGUCUACAGCGCCCCUGCCGUCUACAGCUCCUCCGUGGUGGCCCCCGCCGUGGCCCUCGCCCAGGCCCCUCACUCGCCCGCUGUCGUCCUCGACGCCGUCAACGGUGUGCCCCUCGACACCCCUGAGGUGGUCGCCGCCCGCGCCGCCCACUACCAGGCUAAGGCUUUGGCCUCCCACCACCUCCGCAAGCGUUCCGUCGGUGCUCUGUCCUACAGCGCCGUCCCCGUAGCCCACAGCGUGGUCGCCGCCCCCGUGUCCUACUCCGCCCCUGUCGUCUCCAGUUACUCCGCUGCUCCCGUUGUGUCCGCGUACUCAUCCCCUGUUGUGUCCGCGUACUCAACCCCAGUGGUGUCCCCCUACUCAUCCCCCGUGGUGUCUGCCUACUCCGCCCCGGUGGUGGCCUCCCCCGUGGCCUACUCCGCCGUGGUCCCCAAAGCCCUGAGCGUGCACCCCUGGUAAUCAACGAAUCGAUAACGAAACAAACGAUGUCUGAUCAGUUUUAGAUACUUAAAUUCACUGCCAAAAUAAAAGAUUUAUAAAUA